AAAAUAUUAAUUAUAUUUACUCAAUAGGAUUCUUAUACACACGUAUAAAUAUAAUAUAAUAUAACGCAGGAACUAGUAGUACUACUAGAUUUCUUCAUGGACUGAUUCUAUUUCUAUUCCCUCUAGAAGAACAUGUACCUCUUCUCCAAUUCACAUAUUGAUUUUCAAAAUGAGGGCUCUACAGAUGAUGAUCAUGACAAAGCACACCAAAGGCAGCAUCAAGAAACGACGACGUCUGAGAAAUGAUAUUAUCGAUCGUCAAGUUCAUAACAGCUAUUCUUAUUAUUUCCUCUCAUCAUUAUUUUGACUGACUGAAUUCAUUCAUUAGAAGAAGAAAAACGACCGUCAUGGACGCUGCGUUUAGUCUCGACAGCAACUACCGAUCAAACUUCGUUCGGUGUCUGAUGCAGUCUGUAGGCUGCACUUACGUUUGUUUAUGGAAAUAUAACCCUGAAAAUUACGUUUUCUUCUUCUUUGAUGGUUUGUAUUACGAAGAUAUAAAUACCCAGUUGCCUAGCUCCCGAAGUCUUGCUCGGACGCUUUUCGAUGAGUAUCGGCAGUCAAUUAUACUUGGGGUCUCUGCAAAUGACCAAAUUCCAGGAUUAGCUUUUAGGAAUAGGUCUCCGUACUUGGAGCUGCAAGAAUUAGAUCUUCUGAGAUUGGCUUCAAACGACACACAAAGGCGAUUUUAUGCGGAAGCUGGGAUUAGGACUGCGGUCUUCAUGGGUUGCAGGACUGGAGAGAUUGAAGUUGGCCUUCCUAAUGUGCCUGAGGUGAAAUUGGAGUUAAGAAAUUGGUUUCCGGAAGAUUUUUCAAGUCAAAGCCAAGUUGCUGCCAGUGACCAAGAUCAUCAAAUAAUUCCCAGUCAAAGCCAACUUGCUGAACAGAUUAAUAAUCCAAUAAUUAAGCCGCCAACAGAUGCUAAUCAAAAUCCACUUGCAGCUUCUUCUUCUUCAUCCUCUUUGAGGUCACUAUCUAUGGAUAAUAAUAAUAAUAAUAGCCCUGAAUACUCAUCUCUUCUCUUCAAUAUUAAUAAUCCAACCGCUUCUACUACUACUAGUUCUUCUCACAUACUUAGUAUUAUUAAUAAUAACCCAGAAAUAGCUCAUGCUGAACUACUGAUUAAUCCCAAUAACUCUCUAUUACAACCAUCAUUUUCACCAAACACCACUACUACUAGUGCACCACCACCACAAGUACUACUCAUGCCUCAUCAGCAACAAAUGCAAGCCUUUGCUAGUCUCAGGCAAACCCAGUUUCCUAGCCCGGAGAGCGAAGAGGCCGCCAUGACAAAAGCCAUUCUCGCCGUUCUAACCUCGCCUUCGCAGGAUCCUACUUCUUCUUCUUCUUCCGCCUCUCUUUACAGCAGUGAUCAUCAUCAACAACAACACCACCAUCGUCAAUGGGUGAACCAGAAAUCAAGUGCUUUCAAAAACUAUACUAGUAGCCCUAGUACCAGUCCCACGCCAUUAUUAAGUCCACAUCGUCAUCAUCAUCAUCAUCGCUUGAGUCUAGGUAAAAAUAUGUUCAAGCGAUCUGUUUCUUUCUUUCGAAGCUUGAAUUUCGUGAGGACCCGUCAUCGUCUGCAAGCCGCCGCUGCUAGUGCUGCUGCUGCUGCGGCUGCCGCCACCACCUCUGGAACGGCAUAUCGUCCAACGACGAGUACUCAGUUGCACCACAUGAUAUCAGAGCGGAAGAGGCGUGAGAAGCUUAACGAAAGCUUUCAAUCACUCAGAUCACUACUUCCUCCUGGAACCAAAAAAGAUAAAGCUUCGGUGCUAAAUAGUACAACGGAGUACUUAAACACAUUGAAAGCUCAAGUGGAUGAGCUGAGUAAGAGAAACAGGCAGUUGGAGGCACAAGUUCUUUCGACAGCCGUUAUAAGAUCAUCCCCUGAAGGUGCUAAUAAAAAUCAAAAUGUGCCUGUAGUUGAUUCUUCUUCAACUAGCACAACUGAUGAUCAAACACAAGGACAAAGAGUGGAUGUUCGUAUACGACACGUGUCCGAAUCGACUUCGGAAGAAGCUGAAAUUGUUGAUCUGCAAGUAAAUCUGAGAGCCUCCAUGAAUAUUCAAAUUGAGGAUUUAGUACUCAGGAUCAUUGAAUUCUUGAAGAGCGUUAACCAUGUUAGCUUGAUGUCUAUGGAAGCGAAUACUCAAUCUUCAGCUUCUACCACUACUUCUCUCCAUCGCUUAACCUUGAGAUUAAGAGUUGAGGGGAGCGAGUGGGACGAAUCUACCUUCCAGGAAGCAGUGAGAAGGGUUGUUGCUGACUUGGCCCAAUAGAAACUUUCCACGUAGCAUUCUACGCACACUAGCAGUCAAAUAUCAAUUCUUAAGUGGCGGCUCAUCGUUGUCGAUGAUUACCUUUCACUUUUCUUAAUCUCAUCUCCGCCGUCUAUUUUGAGCUAGCCCAAUAUCUUAGAUAAUUUUGUUUACUUUAUCUUUGUCGCAUGCGAUGCUAAUUUUUUCACGAUUUUGAUAGCACCCAAUUUAUGUAAGGAAAAUAGAAAAAAGAUUUGUAUAUGAUAAGUUUUUUUCAUAUAUAAUAGUAUAGACUUGAUACAAAGAAGAUUCACAAAUUGUAGUGCAUAAUUUAUAACCCCUAUUUUUAUUUAUUUAUUUAUUUAAUCAUGUAUACGUAUAUAUAUAUAAAGUACAAAACUCUUUAUUUUAA